AUGGCAUGUGGUGUUGGUGAGGGGGAAGGGAAAGAAACGAGGAGAAGUGUUUCUCGAACGAGUUGCUUUCUUUCUCAAAUUCCCAUUGCUUGUAUUAAUUCUUUUAUUCCCGCCUACAUUUUUUUCUCAUUUCUCCGCCUUAUAUUUUCUUUUUUCUUCUUUUUUCUUUCUUUUCUUCUUUUUUCUUUCCUUUUUCUUUCUUUCUUUCUUUCCUUUUUCUUUCUUUCCUUUUUCUUUCUUUCUUUCCUUUUUCUUUCUUUCCUUUUUCUUUCUUUCCUUUUUCUUUCUUUCUUUCCUUUUUCUUUCUUUUUCUUUCCUUUUUCUUUCUUUUUCUUUCCUUUUUCUUUCUUUCUUUCCUUUUUCUUUCUUUCAUUUCUUCUUUUUCCUUCUUUCUUUCUAUCCUUCCAUCUUUCUUUCCUUUUUCUUUCUUUCUUUCCUUUUUCUUUCUUUCUUUCUUUUUUCUUUCUUUCUAUCCUUCCAUCUUUUUCUUUCUUCAUCCCUUUCUUUCUUCCUUGUUUCUUUUCCUUCUUUCCUUCAUUAUUUGUUUCCUUUUUUGUUCCUUCUUUUGCCCCCUUCCUUCUUUCAUUUGUUCUUUCUUUCUUUCUUUCUUUCUUUCUUUCUUUCUUUCUUUCUUUCUUUCUUCCUUUCUUUCUUAUUUUCGUUAUGAUUUCAGCUUUUUCGUUUUUAUCUUCUCCUCUCUUUUUCCCCUUUUUUCUACCUUCCUCUUUUCCCCCUUCCUCUUUUCCCCUUUUUUCCACCUUCCUCUCUUUCCCCCUUCCUCUCUUUCCCCCUUUUUUUUUAAACUUCCUCUCUUUCCCCUUUUUUAAACUUCCUCUCUUUCCCCUUUUUAAACUUCCUCUCUUUCCCCCUUUUUUAAACUUCCUCUCCCUUUUUAAACCCUUUUUUUUUAAACUUCCUCUCUUUCCCCCUUUUUUAAACUUCCUCUCUUUCCCCUUUUUUUAA